GUUCUUAAUUUACAUGACUUUUUUGAAACUCCUAUACGGUCAGGGAACCUGAAUACCAAAUGUUGCAUGGAAUUGGAGUUUUCUACCACUAGCGUUCAACAUUCAUUACAACAGAUAUCAAAAAUUAUAUAAUUUAAUAAUGAAUGCGUAAAUUUCUUUAUUCCUCUUAUCCAUUCCUAAUAAACGUUAAAGCGACAGACAUGGACUUUAAUAUCAGUUUUAGCAGUGCGACGAACGACACACCAAUAACAAGAAAAGAUCUUCAAAGUUUGGAAGAAAAAGUAUUAGAGCAGAUAAGGAAAUCCGAGAAAAAAAUUUUUAAAGAAAUAGAUCACAACCAAAAAUCAAUAAAGCGAAGCCUUACACGAAUUUUGCAAGAAAGAAAACAAAGGAAAUACAGCCACAAAACUUCAUGGAAUGAGAUUAUCCCCAAAACACCCUUUGGCAACAUUGAGGAUUUUAAAAAAUUUGAAAAGGAAAUUAAGGACCAUUCUUCCAAAUACGAAAGUCUGUCUGAAGAACUUUCGCAUAUAAUUUGUACGAGCAGUGAAAAAUUUAUUAAAAUGGCUUGGCGUAAAAUUGUUACGGAUAACGCAGCACAAAAUUUAUGCUGGAAAGGGACAAACACCAAAGUGGCAGCAAGAAGUUUAAGCAUUACAGCAGCUUUAAAAAAUGUACUUUCCGUGAAAUUUCCCCAAUCCACAGACGACGAACUCGCACGAACCUUCAUUACCUUUUUCCAGCAUGCAAAAGGACGACUUCUAAAACGCACUGUAUAUCAAAGCAAUAGAAAUAGUAGUCUAGAAACCUAAAGACAACUUCAUACCAGGGCUCGAAAAUGCCAUUUUCGUAUACAUCCAUUUUGUCACCGAAAAUCACAUACAAAUGUGUAUAUAGUAUGUAUUGCUAGUUUUUGCUGAACAAUCCAAGCCCUGUAUAUAGUCAUUUUAAUUUUAAGUAAAAGUAAAAAAAAAAACUGAAUUAUACCUGAGUUUAAGAAAACUAAGACUGAAUGAAUUAACAAUACUUUAUCCAUUUAUUUUAAUUAAAGUGCUUUAUAAUUUUAAAAAUGAACCUUCUACUUUUUCAAUUUUCUAAACUUGAGCUAAAACGGGGUAAAAAAUGGUAUUUAACCAUUCUAAUUUAAGUUAAGCUAUUGUAUUUGUACAUAUAUAUUUUGUCGAAAAUAUAGUUCAUGCUACAAUGAAAUCCACAUAACCUGAAGUUUUAAACCUUGUACAAGAUUUAUAAAAAUUCACCACAUUUUUUGAAAUCAAACGAAUUUUUAUAAAUCUUGUACAAGGUUGAAAACUUUAAGUUAUGUGGAUUUCGUUGUAAUAAAAAAAUUAAAAGAAAUAUAGAAAAAGUAAAUAGUCAAAAUUUUUAAAGACAA